GCUUUUUGUGGUUUCGUUUAUCUUUCAUUUUUUUUACUGUUCAUCCUUCUUUUCUCUUGUCUGCUUUACUUUCAGAUUUGCCUGCGUUUGUUCCUCUUGCGUUGUCUCGUCGUUAACGGCUUAACUGAUGAACGCCGACUUGAAAAACUAGAACCUGGGCUUUGUUUAAUGCUUUGAUUUAUAGAGCUUAGUUUUGAGGAAAAACGGAAACUUGGGUUUUGUUCUUUUUAUCUUAUUCUACGUUUUAUGCUUUUAAGAAUUCAGGCUGGAAUCUGAUUUCGCAUAUGUGGGUUGGAGGGGUUGGUCCCCAAGAGGUUGGUCAAUUUCGACAUUGUUGUGUUGUUUAUGCCUUUUGUUAAGAAUUAAACUGCUGUUUGACAUAGUUGAUUAGGAAAUACAUGGUUUCAGUUGGUUCGAAAUCUUUGCCAUCUAGUAGGCUCAGGACCACUGAGGAAGAUAGCUUGAUGGGUGGAGAGGACAGUUCUUACAACAAUCAUAGUAAAAAGAAGAAAGGAAUGUGUCGGAAGGCUAGAAAAGGAAGCCAUGGAUUUGAUGGAGAUGGUCACAACAAAAAUCAAAGAGGAGGUGCUGCCAAUGUAAAGGCAAAGUCGAGGAAAAUGUCGACACAGCAAUCUGAAUCGGAACCUCAGAAACCGUUUGUCAGGAAGCAGAUUGAUCCAGAAACUUCAAAGUAUUUCUCGGAAAUUGCCAACCUAUUUGAAAGUAAUGAAGUUGAUUUAGAGGAACGGUCAGUUAUAUGUGGAAAUGCCCUUGAAGAAACAAGAGGGAAGGAGUACGAGAUUUCAACAGACUACAUUGUGAGUCACGUACUUCAAACACUUCUCGAGGGAUGUGAACUUGACCAUCUUUGUAGUUUCCUUCGAAACUCUGCAAAGGUGUUCCCAGGCAUUGCAAUGGACAGAUCCGGUUCUCAUGUUGCAGAAUCCGCUCUUAAAUCAUUAGCAUCACAUUUGAAGAAUCCAGACGCAUAUUCUGUUAUUGAGGAAACAUUGAAUGAGAUAUGCAAGGUGAUUGUGGAUAAUCCCAUUGAUAUGAUGUUUAACUGCUAUGGGUCUCAUGUUCUCCGGAGGCUUUUUUGUCUUUUUAGAGGAGUCUCUUUAGAUUCCUCAGAGCUUCAUGGAGCAAAGUCAUCGAAAGUUCUAGCUGAGCGUUUGAAUUUGAGGACAUCUCAGCCAGAUGGGAAUAAUCUAGAAAUCCACUAUCCAGGAUUCCCUGAUGUGUUCAAGUCCCUCCUAUCAGGGAUAUUAAGGUGUAGCCGUGAGGACAUGAAGUAUCUUCAAGUUGAUCAGUACGGUAGUUUAGUGUUCCAGACGGCUUUGAAACUUAUAGCAGGAGACAAUGAUGAGUUGCUUGAAAUCAUUCCUCUCAUUCUUGGAUGCAGUAAUGAAAAGAUAGAAGACGGGAAUCGUGUAGAAACCAAUGUUGCCGGUGACAUAUUAGAGUCACUGAAGGAAAAUUCAUUCAGUCAUUUGAUGGAGGUGAUUUUGGAAGUGGCCCCUGUAAGCUUGUACAAUGAAAUUUUCGACAAAAUUUUUAAGAAUUCUUUACUCGAACUUUCACUGGAUCGCUGUGGGAAUUUCGUAAUCCAAGCCUUAGUUUCCCAUGCAAGAGACACAGGCCAGAUGAGUUUGAUAUGGGAUGAAUUAGGUGCACAUUUCAGAGAUCUGCUUGAACAAGGGAGGUCGGGUGUUGUAGCUUCUCUGAUUGCUGCCAGCCAGAGGCUUCAAAGCCAUGAACACAAGUGUUGUGAGGCCCUUGCUGCAGCAGUAUGCUCAGAGAACGGUUCUCGUAGCUGUAUUGUUCCACGGCUUCUGUUUCUUGACAACUACUUCGGCUCUCAAAACAAGUCUGAAUGGGAAUGGGCAACUGGCUCUAAGAUUCAUGUUAUGGGCUCUCUGAUUCUUCAGGAGAUCUUCAAAUUCUCUAGCGAUCUUAUACAGCCUUAUAUAGCAAGCAUGACUUCUAUAAAAGACGAGCAAACCAUUGAAGCAGCAAAGGAUGGUAGCGGAGCGCGUGUCAUCGAGGCUUUUCUUGGUUCAAAUGCUGCUGUAAAGCAGAAGCGCAGAUUGGUUAUGAAGUUACGUGGGCACUUUGGUGAGCUCGCUUUACACUCUUCGGGUUCAUUCACUGUUGAGAAGUGCUUCAAUGCAAGUAACUUGACUCUAAAAGAAGCCAUAGCAACUGAACUGGUGGAUGUGGCAACCAAUCUCUCAAAGACAAAACAAGGGCCCUACUUGCUAAGGAAGCUAGACAUUGAUGGAUAUGCAGCCAGACCUGAUCAGUGGAGAUCAAGACAGGAGUCGAAGCAAUCAGCGUAUAAAGAAUUCUGCUCUGUAUUUGGCUCGAGCAAAUCAAAUUCAUCAAAGAACACUUUUCUUUCUGACGCAAGCAAAGAUGCAUCUCAAGCAGAUGGACUAAAGGACAUGAGAGACGAGAUCGGUCAUCGUCUUGGUUUUGGGUCAUCAAAACGCUACCGAGAGGAACACAGAGGGACUGAAUAUGAACCUCGCAAAAAGACGUUGAAAACGAAAAACACAAUGGGUGAAGUGUCAUCUGAGAAAGCAGUCACCAACAAGAGGCCUUUCCUCUCUGGAGAAACGACUGGGAAGACUGGGACGAAGCGGCAGACGAAGAAGCUGAGAUUCUGAAGGGGGAUCGAUCCUGGUACAAAAAUACAUACCUUUAUGUCAGUUGACUGCAGUUUCAGAGGAAGACAUGAAAGGAGCAUACAGGGUGUGUAAAAGAUUGAAGGUUUGACUGUUUU